AUGUUGAAGAAGUUGGAGCUGAGAGGGUGCAGCCAGUUGACAGAAGCCCCAGCAAGUUUGCCAGGCUCGCUUGAGGCAUUGACUUUACAGAAUGAGAAGCAGACCAUCCAGCUGCCAGACGUCACCAUGCUGCUGAAGCUGGAAGAGCUGAGCUUGGGAAUCGUCAGUGCCGCAGAUGGGUCAGCUGCAUGCAUAAGCCUCCCCAAUCUGAAGCAUUUGGAGCUUGAAGUGGCAAAAGGUUCAGCAGAGCUGCCUUUUCCCUUAAAGUUCUUCCCUAACCUCCGCACCUUGACAAUUCUGGAUGCUGGAAGCAUGAAGAAGCUCCCUGGGGACAUUGGCUCCACCUUGGAGCACCUACGAGCGCUCAUAAUAUUUCGUGCCGUCGAGUUGACCGAGCUUCCAGAGUCCAUUACCGAGUUACAGACGCUGACAAGCUUAUGUGUUCGUGCACAGAAGCUGGCCUGCCUUCCUGAACACAUCGGGGCGUUAUCUAGGUUGAGCAAGCUGGAUGUGUCGGAAUGCUCAUCUCUAACAUCGCUCCCCUCAUCUCUAACGCAGCUCUCUUGCCUCUUUUCUCUGAAGGCAAGUGAGAGUGGCAUUCGCUUGCUGCCACCCAACAUUUCAAGGCUCUCCAGACUCAAGAAUCUUGACCUGCAGGAUUGCAAGGAGCUGGAGGCUCUUCCGCAGGACCUUACAAACCUGAAGUCGAUAUUGAUUUUCAAUGCUGAUGGGUGUGACAAGGUGUGCGAUGAGGAAGGCAACAUUGAGCUGCCUGGAGUUGGGAAGACCAAUGUGAUGGCGGUGGGCCGUGUUGUGUGCGACGCAGAGGCGGCAUCAGCGCGACUCAACGAUUCGUCAGUGCUCCUGGAAGGAUGCAUCGACCCCUGUCAGGGGGUCAGGGUGCGUCUGGACUUGCGCCAUCUGCCGUCCUUCUCGCUCUUCCCAGGGCAGAUCCUGGCCGUUGAAGGCAGCAACCCCAGCGGCUAUUGCCUCGUUGCCAAACAUGGGGAGGGUGGAGUGGAGAAGGGGACAGAGGGAAAGCUGGAUGGUGGUUCUGCUGAGGUGAAAGAGAAAGAGGAAGCUGGGACUGAGGAGAUGGAUUCAGAAGGAGUCAGGGCGGUGGAGAGCGGUGCUGCGGGUGUAAAGGCUGAGGGUAAUGAGGAGGAGGAGGACGACGAUGAGAUCAGGAUUGCCGAGGGUGAUGAGGAAGAGGAUGAGGAGGACAGCGAUGAGAUCAGGAUUAUCGCUGCAGCAGGCCCCUUCACCACGAUUGACUCGUGGUCCUUCGACCCGCUCAAAGACCUGAUCAGAUUUGCGCUGCAGCGACCACCGGAUGUGCUGCUGCUGACCCCCCCCUCCCCCAUCCCCAUAUUGACCCCCCCUUCCCCCACUCCCAUAUGGACCCCCCCUUCCCCCAUCCCCAUAUACACCCCCCCUUCCCGCACCGCCACCCCUUCUAUGCUCCUUCGCUUGAUCAGAUGGGCCCCUUCAUCGAUCGAGAGCAUCCUGAUGCAAGAGAUGGCUGUGUGGAUCAGACGUAUGAGACUCUCUUUCAGCAGCAUAUCCGGGCACAGACCUAUGAGGCGCUCUUUCAGCAGCACAUCCGCGCACAGGUGUUUGGGGAGGGAUGGGGAAGGGCAGGGGGAGGGAGAAGAGAGGAAACUAUCAGGGGGAAACGAGGCGGUUGUGUGUGGACCAGACAUAGGAGGCUCGAUUGUAGCAGCACGUCCGCGCAUAGCGGUGGGGCUUCUAUGGGGAGCCCCGCCCUUCACCCCCCCUCACCUGCGCUCUUUCAGCGUCACAUCAUGUCAGAUCAGUGUAUUCUCUCCGCAUACGUUCCCUCCCCCACUCAACCCCCGCCCCCCUCCCUCAGGUGGAGUAUUGUGGGGGGGCAGGAAGUAUCUGCAAGAUGCUGUUGCCGCACUCAGUGAGACGCACAUCACAUUAUUUCAAUCUAUACUCUCCCCAACCAAUUUCCCUCCCGCCCCACCCCCUCAGGUGGAGGAGUAUUGUGAGCGGGCAGGAGGCAGCUGCAAGGUGUUAUUGCUGCCGUCGUUGCGAGACGCCCACCACACCAUGAUCUUUCCUCAGCCUCCAUUUGACUCGUCGGACUUUGAAGACCCCCGCAAGCAAGUCCUCACACUCGGAAACCCCUCCGCGUUCACACUGGAUAACCAGGUUGGCAUUGCCUGUUCAUCCACCGACAUCCUCCGCCACCUCAGCAAGGAGGAGAUCGCCCGCGUGGCGCCAGGAGACAGCGCCACGUCAGACCGCAUGUCCAGGCUGGCGGCGCACAUGAUUGGCCAGAGGAGCUUCUACCCGCUCUUCCCUCCCCCACCUGCCACCUGUCUCGACCUCUCCUGCUGCCCACAAGCCUUGGACCUCCCCUUUGCCCCUCACCUCCUCUUCCUCCCUUCUGACCUCGUUCCGUUCGUGAAGGUUUUGCCUAAGCAAACACCGCCACACGGACAAGCUGCACUACAGCAGGAAACAGCUGUUUUGGCGGGAGAAAUCCAGCACCAUUAG